AUGAAAAAGAACUAUUGCCUGACAUGGUACAAUCGGUACCAGCAGAACGCGAUGUUCUGUUCUUGUCUAGUGGGUCCUGAAGAAGAAGUUCGAAAGGAUACUCUCGAAAAUGGUCGUAUUAAGAGGAUGAGUUGCCUCAGAGCUGACUACUCGCAAGUUCUACUCAGCCUCGACGUCAAUCAGGGUCGACGGGGAGUUCGGACUUGCCUCAUCAUCUAUCCCGACAUCAAUCAGCCUCCUUUAGCUGAAUGCACAACUAGCGCUAUGACUUGGGACUCAAAUGCUAUUAUUCUACUUGUUAUUUUUAUUGUUUUUGUUAUUGUUCAUAUUUGCCAACCAGCACAAACCUAUUAUACAUCUAACAAAGUUGCCUUUUACUUCUUUAAUUCAGUCACAAGUGGUCCCGGCUCGGAAUACAUCAUCAAGCUAGUUGGCUGGUACCAACGUGAUGAGGAGGUAUACGCGAGAUUUCUGGUCUGGUUUGGCUCUGGAAAUCGUGACCACGUCCCAUUCUUGGAUACUCGAGGUUCGAUUGCAUCCACUCUUAAAAAGACAUACUUAUGCUCUAACGGCCUCCCCCGCUUGAAUCUUAGCCCCUCUGAAUGGGCCGAGUACUGCGGCCGGCUUUUCGGUCAGGCAUCAUCGCUCUGGCGACAGAUGCACACCAGCGUUGGCCCCAGCAACGGACCACUUACCGCCAACUCACCCACCUCUUGUCCCAACAACUUUCCGUUUGCCAUCUGUGCCUUUGCAGGCGGGUAG